GCCUCAUCUGCGUUGUAAACACUUGAGCCACAUCGCCUCGUCGGCGCACUCUCGGCAACAUUAUUUCCAGAGCCCCGAAAGCGAUUCGUGGUCGCCCGAUGUCAGGCGACAGCGAUAAUAGAUCGAGCAGGCAGCGGCGGUCGGAUUUACCGAUAAGAUUACUGGCAGUGGACAAGACUGCCUCCUAAUCCCUGUGUGAAAGGGACGGGCAGUGCACCGGCUGGAGCUGACUUUCUGCACGCACAAAAACAAUCUGGGAUGGCAGAGGCUCCCAUGUCAUGUGAUUGCUUUGUUUCCUUGCCCCCUGGCUCCCGCGAUGACCAUGUGAUUUUUGGGAAGAACUCGGACCGUCCCCGGGAUGAGGUGCAGGAGGUGGCCCACUACCCCGCAGCAUCCCACCCUCCAGGCUCUACGCUGGAGUGCACAUACAUCCAGAUCCCUCAGGUGGAGCAGACUCAUGCUGUUGUCCUCAGCAAACCUGCUUGGAUGUGGGGCGCAGAAAUGGGAGCCAAUGACCAGGGAGUCUGUGUCGGGAACGAGGCGGUCUGGACCCGAGAGCCCGUCGUCCCCGGAGAGGCUCUGCUGGGUAUGGACCUGGUCCGCAUUACUUUUGAUCAUCAGACUGGGGCUGGAGCGUGGGGACAGUGCCUGGGCGGCACUGACCGUGAUCACCGCUCUGCUGGAGCAGCAUGGCCAGGGGGGGCAGUGUAAGGAGGACCCGGUGCCCUUCAGCUACCACAACACCUUCCUUCUGGUGGACCGCAACGAGGCCUGGGUCUUGGAAACUGCUGGGAAGCUGUGGGUGGCACAGAAGGUCACGGAGGGAGUGAAGAACAUCUCUAACCAGCUGACCGUUGGCGCUGAGAUCUCGGCAGAGCACCCAGAGCUGCGGAGCGUGGCCCAGGCUCAGGGCUGGUGGGACGGCGAGAGAGAGUUCAACUUCUCUCAGGUGUUCAGUCCUGAGAACCCACCUGCUCGGAUGGAGCUGGCCAAGCAGCGUUACAAGGGAGGCACAGAGCUGCUCCAGCAACAUGAUGGCUCAGUGACGGCAGAGGUGAUGAUGUCCAUUCUGAGGGACAAGCCCAGUGGCAUCUGCAUGGAUUCUGGAGGCUUCUGCACCACGGGCAGCAUGGUGUCUGUUCUGCCCAGAGACACGAGCCUGCCCUGCAUCCACUUCUUCACUGCCACUCCAGACCCCUCCAGGUCUAUAUUCAAGCCUUUUAUCUUCUCGGACUGUUCCACUCGAGUGCUGAGGGUGGUCUCCCCACAGUUCGGCCCAGACGACCCUGUCCGGAAGCAGCCUCGCUUUCAGAGCCAGGUGGACCGCAGACACGACCUGUACAAGGCUCACCAGGUGGCGCUCAACGCCAUGGAGACCAACCCGGAUGAGGGCUCCGUUGUCCAUGAGAUUCUGAGGGACCUGGAGUCGCAGUGUCUGAGUGAAAUUUCAGCCAUGCUCAGUGGAGAAAUACCAGGAGACGAACUGGGCGACUUGUUUUUUGAUUGCGUGGACACAGAGAUUAAGUUCUACCAUUGAGGAGUGCCCCCAGGUGGACAUCCCUAGUGCUCGCUGAGUGGCAGGCGAAGGCCCUGGGACUGUCAAAAUGACUUUGUUCCUCGUCGUUGAUAAGCCUCCGCCUCACGCACACAACACACAUGCCUGACACCAUUCCAUCAUUAACACAGACUAAAUGUCUCAACUUCACAUGUGAUUGGAGCAUAAUCAUCAUCUGUAUCACCCAGGGAGCAAUGACUGCGCCUCAUUAGUGAGUAUAAUGAUGUAGAUUACACAGGCGCCUAUGUAGAGCUGUGUGACGUUGCACAAAUACCGAAAAUAUGGAAUUUGUUUAACAUUCUGUUUGUCGUCGCAAACGAUUGGAUUGUCACAUGUUUGAUGGCAUCCUGUAGGGAACGAUCUAAUAAAGAAUGUGCAUAGUC